AAAUUUGUUCAUUGUUGUUAAUAAAUUUUAAAACAAUACGUAUUUUGCGUUAAGCCAAAAACCAAAACCUUAAACCACUAUAUUUGGCUGCUUAUUAAAAUGUCCGACCAUUUAAAAACAUGCACUAACUACUUGGUCGGCAUUCAGCAUUUCAUUAACGAACACUUAUCUCUACAUAUAUUUUAAAAGGUUUCCUUUUGUUUUGCGUUGAAUUUUUUAAUUUAAAAGUAAAAUAUAUAAAUAAAUUUAAGAAUUUUCAAAUAAAUAUUCUAAAACUGUAUAAAAUAUGAAGUGGUGUUGUAGUCGUUAUACUUCGGGUAUCGUCAUUGGUUCCAUUUAUAUUGUGGGCAGCAUAAUUUCUUAAUUUUUGCAUGUAUUGCCUAUAUGGAAUAUGAGGAAAUUGUUGACGAUGAUCAACGUCGGGAAAAGUUAAAAUCUGAAGCUAUCACCACAAUGAUUAUAUGUUGCACAGCAGCUUUAAUAUCGGCUCUAUUUAUAGUGGCCAUUGCUAAGAGAUUCCAAUACUUAAUACUUCCCUGGCUAAUACUGGGCAUCUUUUGUUUCUAUGAAACUUGUGUAACCAUGUACUGGUGGUUUAUUGGUGCUGCAAUGGGUGGUGCUUCUGGCAUAACAUUUUUAGUACUUCUUCUAAUUGCUGUACUGGCAUUUGGUUUACAAAUUGCCAUUUUCGGCUUUAGUUGUUCUUUAUUCAAGCAAAUACAUCAGGAAAAUAAGGAUAAUGCUGUACUUCAAUUAUCCGAUCCUUUAGCAGAUAGAUCUUUUAUUUGAAUUGCUGAGAAAAAUGGCAUUUUAACAUUCAUAUAUUUGUUUAUUUAUUUCGAUUCUAUAUAUAAAGUAUUUUAUGACUUAUUUAUACUUAUUUAUACCAAAUUAUAUUAAAUAAUUUUCUAAUUUUAAAUUUUUAA